UAUGAUUUUAGAAAACCAAUACACCCAGGUAUUUAUGUUAGGUUUCCGCAAGGUAGAAUAAAUAUUGUGUUUUUACGCCAUGUUGAAUGGACACAUUUUACGCUGAUUCAAUUCAACAUUCAGAUAUUUACCCUGCCUGACUGACUUUCGUCAAGGAUCAUAAGUUCACCGUUAUGUCAUCUUAAGGAACAACAAUGGCUUCUGGUUCUCAUGAAGAAGAUGUAACAUGUUUUAAAUAUGCUUGCAGUGCUUACCCAAAGUACAAAUAUGCAUCUCAGUAUGUCCGCCCAUUAAUAAUCAAAUGUAAGGGACUUCUCAGAAAAUGUGGAAUCAAGGACGACAGGUUUAUUCCAGAUUUCCAAACUGUGACACUAGCUGUACAAGGUUCAUCUCAUGCUCCUUUUUUGAACCAAUGCAGUCACACAGUAACAGGCGAUGAGUGUUUGUCCUCGUGUCCUUUAUUGGCCUACCAAACUGGAAAAACAGAAGAGGGCGAUAGGAAUCCUCUAAUAUAUGUAGCAACAUAUCACAGUGUACGAAUGUCGGACAAACGUGCAAACCUCUUAGGCGACUGCGUGAUCCUCAUAAACAAAAAUCUUGAAUCAGAUGAACAUAAUGGCGUGAUACAUGUUACAACGCAGGACUCCUUUUCGGCAUUAGUUUCCACUUUACUGGAAGAACUCGUGUUUCGUUGGCUCAAAGGGCUAGUGAAAGUGAUGGUCGUCUUAGACACCAUUCGUCUUCAAUUCCAGUCGGUUGACAGGAGUGACUUCGAAAGCCAGUUGUUGGUCACACUGACAGAUAUGUUUGAGAACUGUAGCGGUCGCAAUGGUUUUCAAGUAUCUGAAACGCUCCAAGGACUUUUAGGAAUAGGUGGUUUUUCUUCACAUGAUGAAUGCAUGACCGCUCACGCUGGGUUGGUUGAAGCAAACAAACUGCUCAUAAAGGACACGAUUUUUGAAGCAAUUGCGAUGUAUAAGCGCAGAAGACACCAAAAUGAAGAUUGGCUUGAUGCGUGGCCAACAAUUGACUGGUCCCCUGUAAAGAUCACGGAUGAGGUCUGCGAUGCUGUCCGGAAGGUCGAUGGUGCAAUUGAAUGUGGGAUUAGGUAUGGAACAUUCUGCGUUUAUGUUAAAAAUACAACGCAGUCGUCCGACGAGGAGAUCGCAAAACAACUUAUGCCACAACUCAGGCAAAAUGGUAUUCAGGAAUGUACUGUUUUAAGACAAGUACACGAAAAUCCACUGGCAGCUCAGUGUUCUACGGGAAGUAAAAUUCACGCGAUGGGCCAUGGGACACUGGGAGGAUUUGCUAUGAAAAACGAAUCAAUGCUGGCGUUGUUAGCCAAGCAUGUUGUCGGAGAAGAAAACGAUGUGUACAUUGUUGAUGAAAAUGAAUAUCAUCGCAUAGGACCUAUUUUGAAACCAACAGUUGAUCUGAAUUUGCCGGCACCUUUGGAUAUUGCUGCAGCUCUUGUUAUCAUUGAAAUUCCUGAAAAGCGUUUCAAAGACACGGACGGGAGACCUUCAAUUAGCAAGUUAUUUAAUUUUGAUCAAGGGGAUACGAGUUUUUUGGAAUCACUACCAGUAUAUAUUUGGGGAGCGAGUUCGAAGCCAGGCUAUGGAAAAAUUACAACCUGUGACUCGAAGACAGUGAAAGGAAUGAACAACAUUGUAAUUGAAGACAUAACUAUAGAGUAUUACGAAAGCGCCGAUGAGUUUAAGCCAUUUGCUAAACCUGGUGAUAGUGGUUCAAUAAUUUGUUCUGAGAAUCCAGAAGGAAACUGCAUCGACGUGAUUGGAAUGUUAAUGGGGGAAAGAGUUAUUAAAGACCCGAGCAAUCAAAAGAAGCAAUAUCUGGCUUUUCCGUUGCAACACGGCUUAAGACAGCUUGCUAUGGAACAAAAUCAAGCCGAUGGUCAUAUCAGGUUGUAUGAGGACUCUUAAGAUUUUUAUCACAAGAAGAUUGUUAUCAUUUGCAUCGCGCUCUGAGAAAACAAUGGUUUAAUGCAUGUGCGUAAAGUGUCAUCCCAGAUUAGCGUGUGCACUGUGCAGUCUGCACAUGCUAGUCAGGGUUGACACUUUCCGCGUAAACUGGGAUGUCGUCAAGAAGAGUCUUCCUUUAAACGAUAAAUACAAUGAAGCGGAAAAUGUCGUCCCUUGUUAUCUUGAGCAGAGUGCACUAGCUAAGCUGUGAAGAAACUUAACGCAAAUGCAUUUAACCCAGUUUCCAACGAGCGUGGCUCACAAUAAAGCGAAGUCGUGUUUGAAAAUAGUGACUGCCGCUUAUGACAAUAUAAUAAGUAAACAUUGACGACACUGCAUUUAAAUGAUUUGAUCUCCUAACCAAUACACAUCGACGAUGUUGAAGGUUGUAUCCAUAAAAUGGAUAUGGACACGUUAAUACGUUAAACCAAGCAAUUGUUUACAUGAAUGUUCAUAUAUGAAAUAUAGUAAUAUUUUUUAUAUUAACAUGUAUGAAUCGCGUAUAUAUUCUACACGUUUAGAAGAAAAUGAAUGUAAGUAUGAAUUUGAAUAAGAGCUGGUAUAAGUUAUUGCCGUAAUUAACACCAAUUAAAAAAACGGCCAUAUGGUAUAAGGCUGAGCUCGUAAA